GCAUUUGCGUCGUUCCAUAACUGUGUACAUGAUGAUAAAGAACCCACGACGGUGUAUCGGGUGUUGAUGCGAGUGGAGAAGGUCCUAAAAGGGAGGAAUUUGACGUGAGACGCGUAAAGGAAAUGAAUUUGACUCGGUGGACAUGUCAGUCUCUGGUCACUGGUCUCUGGUCACAGUGGAAGGUCAUGCUGUGCCGCUGGACCUUUGUUUUGUGUCUUCCUCUACGGCCGCUGACCUUAAUUUGCGAAAAUAGGAGUGGGUAGAAGUGAAAAAUGGAAAACUGUGAAGAGAGAAUAUUAGGAAAAAUGGCAGCAAAAAAGGACAAAUAAUGGAGAUAAUGCAACAAAAGCAGAGCAUGCGAGCAUGUAGCAGAAAGACCUGCAGCAUAUGCUUCUUGCUUGCAUGCAUAUUGGAUGUUGAUAAUGUUAUAACCUAAAGAAAGAUGAACAUAUUCAUUGGAAAAAGUAUCAAGAAUCUGAGAAGAAUGAAUAUACAUCACUGAAGUAGAAGAAUUAUCAACAAGUGAUUACGUUAAUAUGUAGAAAACCAUAAUCCAAAAUUAUCAGAAAAAGAAAGGUAUUAUCUGCUUAUCUACUGUGAAAAGUGGUCUGUGAUAUUGUUAUCAAAAGUGGUAAUGAAAAGGAUGGGGAUGACAGUGUUGAGAUGAAGAUAAAGGUAUAUGUAAGUGAAAUGUGUUAGAAAAAUGAGAUAAUCCAGAUUUAAUAAAGAUAUCUGUGCAACCAGAGAAAUCUUAAGCAUCAUUCAUUAACAUUUUUGUUAUAAAAAGACUGAAGAUAAAGAAAUUGUAAGAUCCAUUUAUAUUUAUAUAUACAUUCCUAUAUAUAAUGAAGAAAAACUUUGUGUUCAUUACCUUGAUUCUCAACUUGUUGUGAUAUGAUGAGUCAGUUACAUUCCAUGAAGAUACCAAUGCAUUCCACAAGUACCUGCAAAACAACCUAGGAUUUUUUUUCAAAUCGACCAAGCGAAUACUCUUCAUUCAAAAUGGAGCACAGCGAACUGAUUGCCGAAAUGGCAUAUAUUGAGAAACUAUCGACCCAAGAGCGCUUAAAGCUUGCUCGAAGGAGACGAAUGCAGCAGAUGAAGAAGUGGUCGCAGAAGGAGAGAGAAUUGGCAGGCAGCAAGAGGGAGAAAACAGCCCAGAAUGAAGCACAAAAGAGAAGGAGAGAAAACAAAAAGAGUGUGAAGUUCAUCAGCAAUGUCAUGUUGUUGGAGGCAGCUGCCAGGAAUGACAUAGAAGAAGUGCAGGCACUGCUGGAAGCAAAUGUGGAUCCAGACUCUACUAAUGAGGAUGGACUAACCGCUUUGCAUCAGUGUUGUAUUGACGAUUCUGAGGAAAUGAUGAGGCUGCUUGUCCACCAUGGGGCUAAUGUCAAUGCACAAGACUCAGAGAAGUGGACACCACUCCAUGCAGCAGCCACUUGUGGACAUCUUCACCUUGCCAAGUUCCUCAUUGCAAAGGGUGCAAAUCUUCUGGCUGUAAAUGCAGAUGGUAAUAUGCCAUACGAUAUAUGUGAAGACGAUGCAACGCUCGAUUACAUAGAAAGCGAGAUGGCUCGACGUGGUGUUACUCAGCGACUCAUUGAUGAGACUCGUUCAGCUACAGAAUCUCAGAUGUUAAAUGAUUUAAAAGAAAUGAAGGCUAGGGGUGAAAGCUUGAUGUACCGUGAUCAUCAGGGCGCUACUCCUCUUCACAUAGCUGCGGCCAAUGGCUACGUCAGAGUGGUGGAAUACCUGCUGAGUCAGAAUGUACCCACGGAAGUAAGGGAUCAUGAUGAUUGGUCUCCUCUCCAUGCAGCAGCUUGUUGGGGACAUCCGGAUGUGUUGGAGCUGCUGAUGCAGCACGGAGCAAACCUGCAUGCAAGGACCAAAAACCAGGAAACUCCAUAUGAUAUCUGUGAAGAUGCGGAACUUAGAGAAAGAAUUAUGCAGCUAAUUAAUGAACAGGAAACAAAGAGACUUCAUGAGCAGACUAGAAGGGUUCGACGAGCCCAUUCGAACACGAGAACACAGUCUGUUCGCCGAACAUCUAUUCGCGAGAAGACCUUAACACCAAAGAAAGAAGCCCAAGAGGAAGCUAGAAUUCGUCUCCAGCUUGAGAACAAGAAAAAACCUUUGCAGGAGGAUUCACCAGCUCUUGGAGGACUUCGUGCUGUAAGGGAGCGUGGAGACACAGCAGUUUUAACCACAUUCCCAGCUGUAAUUCCUGCGAAUAACAUCAACAACAACAACAAUGCUACAAAGGAGAACUUUUUGGUGGAAGAGGAAGAGGAGGAAUUAAAGAAGGAGAACAAGGAGAAGGAGAAAGAAGAUACAGGGAAGGAGAGUACUAUCCACGAAGAGGAGGAAAACCGAGCGCUACCCCCACCUGCUGUGGUUGUAAAGAAAGAAAAGGAGUUAGUGACAAGAUCCAGCAGUGGCAGUAGUUCACUAAAUGGUGGAGACAGAAGGGAAACCAACAGCCAAGAAAAAGAGAAAGUAGAAGAGUUGGUGUCAACCCCACCUGUUCCACCACCACGGAGCUCUUCUACCUCAAGACCAGACAUCAUAGCUACAACUGGGACUGUUAGUGGUGGAAAUGUAAAUGGGAGUGGGAUGGUCACUCACAGUGGAGAAGGGGGCAGUAAAAUAGAUAUCCAUGUUACUGUUACUGUCAACCCGUUUUCUCCUGGCACUCUAGCAGACCUUAAGAAGCAGCGGGCCAUGUCGCGAGCUUCCCAAAACUCUUACACACUGGCCCCAGCUUCCAGUACUUAUUCACUCUCCACACCAGAGUAUGAUUCCAGGUCACAUGGCAGGAAUCCAGAAUUCACAGCCUCCUCUGUCAGAGUAGACACUGUAACCUACAGACCACCUCCCUCCCCGUCGCUUACCCCGCGCAAGUUUUGUGGAGACCCAGCAGAGGUCAUAGGUGGGGUAGACACUCAGUCUUGCUGCAGCAUGAUGUAAGCUGGUGGACGUUAAAGAGAGAGAAUGUAUGACCAUAGGACACAAGUUGUGAUGGAAUGUGAGUGCGAUGAAGAAAUGUGCUUUGUAUAUUUUGGAGAAAAUCCUUAUUUUUUAGCCUGAUAUAGACCUUUCUGUCAACAUAUUCACUAUGGUGUAUUUUACUGUUGAUGACAGGGAAUUGAGAGGAAAGGACAUGAAAUACAAUUGAAAUUUUAGCUUCGAAGUAUGUUCAGGAAGUGCAUGGAAAAACAGGAGUGGUAUUAUUUACUAUGUAUAUGUAAAUGGUAAUGCAAAUCAAAAGUCAUCUUAAACCAGAGCCAUGUGAAAAUUCAUGAUGUUGCUAAGGACUGUAGUGAUGUACAGGGAUCCAAACCAAACAUUUCUAGCUGAAAUGUUUUCUGGGCAAGUACUAAAUGGAAGUGCCAAUAUGGAUAAUGUAAAGAGAUAUGAGAUGUAUAUAUUUUGACACAAAUAAGUAAGAAUUGCAUUUGUUUCAUGAAAUGGCUGAAGGUUAUAAAUCUUCCCAGGCAAAAAUGUUGAUAUAGCCAGUCCAAAAAGAAACCAGUAACUUUUAAUUAUUUUGAUGACAUAACUGUGAUGAAGAGAGAUCUUAAUGCAGCUGAGUUUUUGACUAUUUUAUCAUAAUACCAUAUUGAUAAACAGAUGAACAAUGCAGAACUUCUUGAAAUAGUGUAGAUUUUCCCACACUCACCCCCCAAAAAUAGUAAAUAAGAUAGUAAAAUAAAAGAAAUCGGGAGGCAUUGCUAACAUAGGAGUAUAGAUUAUGUAAUCUAAAGUUGAAUUAUUUGUUAAUUCAAAUGUUAUUUUACUGUAAGUAAUAUUACAGAUUAGAGUUAUGUGCAAUAUGGACAUGUGAAAAAGUAUGAGGCAUACAUAUUUUUCAGUGAGGAAAUAUGAAAUAUAGUUGAUAUUUAUAAAAUCACCUUAUUAGUACAUCAGGAUAACAGCAUACAUGGUUUGUUUUUUCGAUGUUUAUAUUUUGGACUAGAGUGUUUGUUUGACUAAGAUGUGGGCUGUGUUGCUUUUAAGUUCUCUCCCACGUGAAAUUUUUAAAAUGUUCAACAAAUUGUGAUAAGUUCGGCUGUCGAACACAAGUUUUUAACUAUUAUUGUGUAUAUUUUGAGGAUCAUUACUAACUUAAGAGCAUAGUCUUUUUCGUUUUCUUCCUUUUUUUUCUAAACACAACACUAGUAGAUUUUCCCUUUUUUAUUCAUUAUUAAGCUGAAGCAUCACGUCUUCCAUUAAUCAGGUCUUGAUGCUCAGUCAGUUUCAUAUUUUUGAUUGAUUCUAGACUGACUGAUGAAGAAACAUAUUUAGCAAUAUGAAAUAUUUAUAGUUUUAACAAGUGCCAGUCUACUGAAGAAAGAAAUUCAUCAAGGGUAUUAAGAUAAGUUAAUUUGUUGAGAGAGUAUGAAAACUUUGUUGGUAAUGAUUAAAAUGUAACCAUUAAUUGACCUAGAAAUAGCAUGGUAAUAUGUAUUUCUUGUUAACUUUUAUUAAUAUUGUUAGCAUGCUAUUAAAAUCUCAAAGGUAAUGGAAAGUUAAUCCAUCCUUUAUCAUAUUUUAUGACGUUAAGCUUUAAAAAGAGAGAGACUUAUUCCAUUAAAUGAAAUGAUAAUGUUAGCUUUUAAAAUGUGUGAAUGAGUAUUUUUUACGUUAUUUUGUCCUUCAGUUUUGCUAUAUUGAGUGAGAAAAUAUUACUUUUUACAUUUUGCUAAAUAUUUACAAGAUUGAUCGGAAACUUAUGCUGUAUGAGAUAAAUUUAUGAAGUUAAUACUAAUGGCAAGAUAAACAAAAUAACACCACUAGAUUGUUGCUCUAUAAAACCUAAGGAUUACCUUCCAGACCCUGACUUAAGUAUUAGCCUUUUGAAUUUAACCCAUUGUUGCCAUGCCAUGUCUACCACGAUUUUACUGAUUUUGUCUAAACGUAGAUGGCUCCACAAGAGCUUAGUCACCAAGAAGCCAAAUUACUAAUCCUACUCAUCUCUUUUGUUUAUCAUUUUUCUUGAUAUUGGGAAAGGUACUUUUUUUUUCUUAUUGCUGUUAGUAUUUUUAACAUUACAAUAUUCACACUGUCAAUGAUAAUAUUAAGUAUUGAUAUUAAUAGCAUUAGAAAAAAAAUCCUAAAAAUUCAAGGAAUGGGGAAAUUAGUUAAGGUCAUAUAGGGCCUACUAUUUGAUUUCGUGGUAUCUGAGCACUUGCGGAGCUAUCAAUAUGUAAACAAAAUUCACUAAACAAAAUUAUGGUGAAUAAUACAUGUGCCUGGUGCCAAUGAGUUAAGCCUCAUUUUUUUUAUACUGGAUUGUGCUUAAAGAUGCUAGAAUCUAUGGAAGCUGAAUAAACACACAAUAAAAUGCCAAUUUUUUUUCAUAUUUUUGAUUUGGGUAUUUUUUAUCUAUAUGCUCUCGUGCUCUGAGUUUUUUUUCUGAUCUAAUGUACAAAGUAUCUCUUGCCUUAUUUUCUUGAUUUAGAUACAGACCUUGGUUUAAUCCAGAUGGAAUUAGGUAAAAGAAUCUUGCAAUGAAUACUUUUCACGUAAAAAAGUAUGUCUUGGAAAGAGUUUCAAAAUAACUGGAGUAAAGAUAGGACAGCAAGAUUUAAUAAACUAGUUAGGCUAAUGUUAGUAACUGAAAAUAAGCUUGCUUAUACUCUUAUCCAUUUGAUAGGAAAAAGAUGUAUCACUGAUGAUAAUUGCAUAUUACUUUAGUAUCUUGUUAAACAGGAUUGUAUUUAAAAUUGAAGAAUGAUGAAAUGAGUACGUGCACUUGUUCAGUUAAGCAUGUAUUCAUUUUGCAAAGUGAAGUACUUACUCUAACAAUUAUCUUAACUUGUUAUGAAAGCUGUAUUUGUGAUAACAUAGAAUGGCAGUUUGCAAAGAGUGUGAGUGAAUUUAAGCUAGGAUUAGAUAGGUACUUUGCCAAUAUGCACAUGUGAUGGAUUAAAAGAACUAAAUAUAUACAGUAUAUACUAUAUAUAUAUUAUUGACUGUUAAUCUGCAUGAUAUGCUAAUACAUAGAAUUUAGAAGUCAAAUGUUGAAUAUAAGUAGCAAUAAUAUUAACCAUUUGACACUGUUACAUUCCAGGGUUAUUUAUUUCCGAAAAUAAAAUUCAAGUAGAAUCCAUUUUGUAAAGUUUGAAAAUGUAGUAUAGAAUAAUUUUUUAAAGCAAGUUUGUGCAUGAACCUUUAAAAUAUUUGAGGAAUGGGCACAAAUGCUAACCAAAACCCACAGUAGGUAUUUGCUGUGCUUGACAUGAAUGGGAUUGUUUUUCUGUCUUUUCUCUCUUUCAAUUGUUUCCCCCUUUUCCCUCUUUCUAAAUUCAGAAUAAAGUGUCUUAUAAUAUACCUUCACAAAAGACUAAGUCCAUCGAUUGAGGCCUUAUAUCUAAGUGUUCAGUAAUAUAAGUUAAUUUAAUAAAAGAUCUGAAAAUUAAGCUAAUAAAGUUCAUUCUUGUUUAUGUUCUGUUUAAGUUAGAAUGAGAAAAGAUGCUGAAUGAAAUAUGAAUUGUAAGAUACGUAGCAUAUUAGGCACAAAUAAAUUUUACUAGAAAUAUAUUGCAAAAUAGUCAUUCAAUCAGUACAUGACACAAACUUCUUGGCAUUUUAAAGUCCUUCUUAUAGUGUUAGUUCCUAGAAAAAUGGGCUUAUUUUUUUAAUACUGGCAUCACUGUAAUGUUAGUUGGUGUUCUUGUACAACACACGCAUGAAAUUCUGAAAUGUAUUCCUAUAGAGUUGUCACCCAGCACAUUACCCUGUGAAUGUUGAAAUAUAUGUGUAUAUAUUGAUAUUUUAAGUAUGGUAAAGAAAAGAUUAGGAAAUAACUAGUCUCUUUUCACUUAGUGAAGUGCCACAAGGUUAAAGCAAUAACUGCUAUUGAGUGUCACUAAUUGUAUGAUAAUCAAUGUUAUACUUUUCUCAUAAUAAUAGUGCCAUAAAUGAAUAUAGAUACACUAAAAUAAUAAUUAUUUUGCAUUUGUCCAUCAUAAAAAUGUAAGAAUUUGGACUCAGAAAUACCUGAUUUUAGGCUUUCCUGUACUUCAAAAUGUUACUAUGAAAAGAUGCAGAGUGUAGUAAACUUUCAAUCUGAUUUUUGUUUUAAUAUAUUGGUUUGAAUUUUUGUGUCAUUCUUUUGCACAAUGGCUGAUUUCCUUGUUCAUACCAGUCCUUUUUGUGAGCAGAAUUUCCAUACAUGAAUACAAUGCUACUAUGCAUAGCCAAAAGGGUUAGCACCAUGUCAAUAUACAUAUGCAAAGUUAUGUUGUACUUAAUUUAAAACCUUAUUUACUUAACUGAAAUCUGGGAUCUUUUAGGUAUAUAUGCAAAAAAUGUAAUAAUUUACCAAUAGCUUAAAAUGUAAAAUAAGUUCACAUUCUGAUAAACAUUAAGUGAAUAUGAAUAUAUCUAGUAAAAUAUUUCACUGUACUUGAAUUUCAGUAACAAAGUAAAAAUGCAUGGCUAAGGUAGUUUAAUAAACUGCAUAUAUAUUUAUUGGAACUGUCUAGUAAUCAGGUAUAAGUACAUAAUACCUAUCGAUGCAAAUGUCUAUUACAUAACAAUAGAGCAUGGAUUGUCCUCAAGGAUAUUAGAACAUAUUCAGAGAGUUGAGAUGGUUAAUCUUAAUUAGAAAUUAUGUGACCAAUUAUUUCAUACUUUAUGGCGCUAUUGAGGUUAUGUUGUACAAAUUUGUAUACUCCUCUACAAUGGACUUUAUUGAGUAUAAACUGCAAAGAUACCUGUAUGCAGAAAUUGUAACUAUAAGGAAUAAUUAACUGCACAAAUAUAUAGGAAGAGAAGAAUCCAGUGUAUCCUAUCUGCAAUGCAUGAACUGAUCUAUGUAUCUAAUGUGUGUAUAUAUUAGUGUGGCCUUACCAUGUAGGUAUGCCAUGUUGUUAUGAUUUGUUGUGGCCCUACUGCUAAAUAAUAAUAAUCAAAUAUAAA